UGAACCUUGAGAAAAGUUGCUGCUGGUGACAACGUCCUCUUCCUAGCGACCAGCGAGCUUCGCAGCGAAAUAAUACCUGCUAUGAUAAUACGGAAUCUGGCCAUCCGGCACGGCCGGCGGGCGUUAGCCUCGCCCGUGUCUCGACCAUGGCUACGACUCUUCUCGACCCAGCCGACAGACAUGGCAACGGCGUUUGCCCCGGCCCCGGCCCCGACCCCGGCCCCGGUGACCACUUCUACGAGCUCGACGGCGGUGACUCAGCAGUCCUUGGACGAGGCCGAGGCGCUGAAGGAGGCUAAGCGGAUCCGCGAGCUGCAGUUCAAGAACAUGCCCGGCGAGUUUAGGGAACUGAGACACCUCGAGAAGCGCACCAAGUCGCUCGGCUCCGAGAUCGUGCUGGACGCCUACGUGCCCGACGAGUCGCUCAAGAACCCGCCCGACGACGCGUCGCUCGAGAUGCUCAUGGCGUCGCAGGCGCACAUGGGCCACAACACGUCGUCGUGGAAUCCGGCCAACUCGCGCUACAUCUACGGCGUGCGCGCCGGCAUCCACAUCAUCAGCCUCGAGAGCAUCGCGUCGCACCUACGGCGCGCCGCGCGCGUCGUCGAGGAGGUGGCGUACCGCGGCGGCCUGAUCCUGUUCGUCGGCACGCGCCGCGGCCACAUGCCCGCCGUGGUGCGUGCGGCCGAGCUGGCCGGCGCCUGCCACCUGUUCGAGAAGUGGACGCCGGGCACCAUCACCAACCGCGACCAGAUCCUCGCCUCGGCCCCGCUGCUCAUGGUCAACCACCAGGACGAGCCUCUCAACGGCUUCGUCGAGCACCUGCAGGACCGCCGCCCUCUUGUUCCUGACCUCGUCGUCUGCCUCAACCCCCUCGAGAACUACACCCUGCUCUACGAGUGCGGCCUCGCCAGCGUGCCCACCAUCGGCAUCAUCGACACCGAUGCCGACCCCACGUGCGUCACGUACCAGAUCCCGGCCAACGACGACAGCUUGCGGGCCGUGAGCCUCAUCGCAGCCGUUCUUGGGCGAGCAGGCCAGCGCGGGCAGAAGCGGCGGCGCGAGGCGGCGGUUGAGGGCAUCGUGACGUGGGAGACGCCCGACGAGGACCAGCGGUUCAUCGACCGCAAGAUCUACCUGGAUGAGAAGGAGAAGGCCGAGAUCGAGGCCGCGCGGCCGCAGAUGCAAUCGGGCCCGGCCGCCGAACAGGCGACGAGGGAGGACUUCAACACCGAGCAGAAGUUCGCCGAGGCGUUCAAGAACGGCAACACAGGCGGCCCCCAAGGGCGGCGAGGCCCACCCAGGGCUUCCAGGCGGCGCUAAGACACAGUGUAUUCGUAUGUUAGUUAUUUGUAAGAUAAAUUCACCUGUGCUCGCGUGGAUGUUUGAUUGGGGCCAGACGGCUGGUCGUGACAACCUACCUUACCUUGGUAAGUGAAUGUUGCACAGCUUCGGAGCUACGGGAGGCUGUGAGCCGACUAGGAACGUAUCACUUGAGGACUGCAGUAAUGUCCACCCAUUCUACUAGGCAUAGGGACAAGUUAAUUUUAGUGUGUGCGUGGUUACAGGUAUAAGCCAUUUCACUUUGGUGAAAAAA